AUGGCGGCUUUCGGCGAUGAGCUGACCGCUCUGAACGUCAAGCAAGGCUUCAAUAACCAGCCGGCGGUCUCCGGGGACGAGCACGGCAGUGCCAAAAAUGUCAACUUCAACCCAGCGAAGAUCAGUUCAAAUUUUAGCAGCAUCAUCGCAGAAAAGCUGCGCUGCAAUACGCUGCCUGACACGGGAAGACGGAAACCCCAGGUGAACCAGAAGGAUAACUUCUGGCUGGUGACAGCGCGUUCUCAGAGUGCCAUAAACAACUGGUUCACAGAUCUGGCUGGGACUAAGCCCCUCACUCAUCUGGCUAAGAAGGUGCCCAUUUUUAGCAAAAAGGAAGAGGUCUUUGGUUAUUUGGCGAAAUACACCGUUCCAGUAAUGAGAGCGGCCUGGCUCAUCAAAAUGACUUGCGCCUAUUACGCUGCCAUCACAGAAACCAAGGUGAAAAAGCGUCACGUCAUCGAUCCCUUCAUCGAAUGGACGCAGAUCAUCACCAAGUACUUGUCAGAGCAGCUGCAGAAAAUUGCAGAGUUCUACAGGCAGCUCCCAGGGCCAGGCUGUGGCUCACCCUCCGGGCCGAUGCCGCAGGAGGUUGAACAAGCUUUGAAGCAGUGGGACUACAACGAGAAACUGGCUAUGUUCAUGUUCCAGGAUGGCAUGCUGGACCGGCAUGAGUUCCUGACGUGGGUCCUCGAGUGCUUUGAGAAGAUACGGUCAGGAGAAGAUGAAUUUCUGAAAAUGCUCCUACCCCUGCUGCUGCGGUACUCUGGAGAGUUUGUGCAGUCUGCCUACCUGUCCAGACGUCUGGCCUACUUCUGCACCCGCAGGCUGGCCAUGCAGCUGGACGGUGCUGGGGGGCACCCGCCCCACAUCCUCUCUGCCCAGACGGGGAACCCUCUCCCCUCGACUCCCACCCCUCAGCCAGCUGCAGCAAAUCCUCCUCCCAGCCCUUUCAGCGACUUACUGCUGUGCCCCCAGCACCGGCCAGUGGUGUACGGGCUCAGCUGCAUCCUCCAGAGUAUAAUUUUGUGUUGCCCAAGUGCCCUUGUGUGGCAUUACUCCCUGACUGACAGCAGGAUAAAGACCGGCUCCCCGUUGGACCACCUGCCUAUAGCCCCAUCCAACUUGCCCAUGCCCGGAGGGAAUUCGGCUUUUACACAGCAGGUUCGAGCAAAGCUGCGUGAAAUUGAGCAGCAGAUAAAGGAGCGUGGCCAGGCCGUGGAGGUUCGCUGGUCAUUUGACAAGUGCCAGGAAACCACAGCAGGUUUCACUAUUGGCCGUGUCUUGCACACUUUAGAAGUUCUGGACAGUCACAGCUUUGAAAGAUCUGACUUCAGCAACUCUUUGGAUUCCUUGUAUAACAGGAUAUUUGGGCUGGGUCCAACCAAAGACAGUCACGAGAUCUCCCCAGAUGACGAUGCGGUGGUGGCCUUGCUGUGCGAGUGGGCUGUCAGCUAUAAACGCUCCGGACGCCACAGGGCCAUGGUUGUGGCCAAACUCCUGGAGAAGCGUCAAGCAGAGAUAGAGGCUGAGAGAUGUGGGGACUCUGAAGUCGUGGAUGAGAAGGGCUCCAUCUCUUCAGGCUCUCUCUCGGCAGCCAGCGCUCCUGUCUUUCAGGAUGUCCUUAUGCAGUUCCUUGACACCCAAGCUCCUAUGCUAACUGAUCCUGGGAAGGAAAAUGAGAAGGUGGAGUUCUUUAACCUGGUGCUGCUGUUCUGUGAGCUAAUCCGACACGAUGUCUUCUCUCACAACAUCUACAUGUGCACCCUCAUCUCCCGAGGUGACCUUGCCAUGGAUUCUCAUGGGCCUCGCCCGCCCUCCCCGUUCGAUGACCCUGCUGAGGAGCACGACAGGAAGGAGACGGAGGGAAGCAGUGGCAUCAAGCUGGAGGACACAGGUCUUUCUGAGCCCAUGGACAUCGACCACAACUCCAGCAUGCUCUUUGAUGACAUGGAGAAGACAGACUUCUCGAUGUUUUCUCCUCCAAUGCAUUGUGAAUCUAAAGCCAGCCCUUCCCCUGAGAAACCAGAUCCUGAAAAGGAAGCAAAGCCACUGCUGAAGGAUAAGUCUGUGGAAGGAAUGCUAGCAUCCCUGUAUGACCAGCCUCGGCACAUCCAGUAUGCAACACACUUCCCUAUUCCUCAGGAGGAAUCGUGCAGUCACGAGUGUAACCAACGGUUGGUAGUUCUUUUUGGGGUUGGAAAACAACGGGACGAUGCUCGGCAUACCAUCAAGAAAAUAACCAAAGACAUUCUAAAAGUCUUAAACAGAAAGAGCACUGCAGAGACGGGUGGAGAAGAAGGCCAGAAGAGGAAAAAGAGCAAGCCAGAAGCAUUCCCAACAGCUGAAGAUAUCUUUGCAAAGUUCCAGCACCUUUCUCACUUUGAUCAGCACCAAGUCACAUCUCAGGUAUCUCGCAAUGUCUUGGAACAGAUCACCAGCUUUGCCUUGGGAAUGUCCUACCACCUGCCUCUGGUACAGCACGUGCAGUUCAUAUUUGACUUGAUGGAGUAUUCACUCAAUAUCAGUGGUCUUAUCGACUUUGCCAUCCAGUUGCUGAAUGAACUGAGCGUGGUGGAGGCAGAACUGCUGUUGAAAUCCUCCGACCUUGUUGGCAGCUACACCACCAGCUUGUGCCUGUGCAUCGUGGCUGUGCUGCGACACUACCACUCCUGCCUUAUACUGAACCAGGACCAGAUGGCUCAAGUCUUUGAAGGCCUGUGUGGGGUGGUGAAACACGGCAUGAACCGCUCAGAUGGCUCCUCAGCAGAGCGCUGUAUCCUGGCCUAUCUCUACGACCUCUAUACCUCCUGCAGUCACCUCAAAAGUAAAUUUGGGGAGCUUUUUAGUGACUUCUGCUCCAAGGUGAAGAAUACAAUCUACUGCAAUGUUGAGCCAUCUGACUCCAACAUGCUAUGGGAACCAGAGUUCAUGAUUGACACCAUUGAGAAUCCAUCUGCACAUAACUUUACCUACACCAACCUGGGCAAGAGCCUCAAUGAAAAUCCAGCCAACCGCUACAGUUUCGUCUGUAAUGCACUUAUGCACAUCUCCCCAGAUGAUGAUGCGGUGGUGGCCUUGCUGUGCGAGUGGGCUGUCAGCUAUAAACGCUCCGGACGCCACAGGGCCAUGGUUGUGGCCAAACUCCUGGAGAAGCGUCAAGCAGAGAUAGAGGCUGAGAGAUGUGGGGACUCUGAAGUCGUGGAUGAGAAGGGCUCCAUCUCUUCAGGCUCUCUCUCGGCAGCCAGCGCUCCUGUCUUUCAGGAUGUCCUUAUGCAGUUCCUUGACACCCAAGCUCCUAUGCUAACUGAUCCUGGGAAGGAAAAUGAGAAGGUGGAGUUCUUUAACCUGGUGCUGCUGUUCUGUGAGCUAAUCCGACACGAUGUCUUCUCUCACAACAUCUACAUGUGCACACUCAUCUCCCGAGGUGACCUUGCCAUGGAUGCUCAUGGGCCUCGCCCGCCCUCCCCGUUCGAUGACCCUGCUGAGGAGCACGACAGGAAGGAGACGGAGGGAAGCAGUGGCAUCAAGCUGGAGGACACAGGUCUUUCUGAGCCCAUGGACAUCGACCACAACUCCAGCAUGCUCUUUGAUGACAUGGAGAAGACAGACUUCUCGAUGUUUUCUCCUCCAAUGCAUUGUGAAUCUAAAGCCAGCCCUUCCCCUGAGAAACCAGAUCCUGAAAAGGAAGCAAAGCCACUGCUGAAGGAUAAGUCUGUGGAAGGAAUGCUAGCAUCCCUGUAUGACCAGCCUCGGCACAUCCAGUAUGCAACACACUUCCCUAUUCCUCAGGAGGAAUCGUGCAGUCACGAGUGUAACCAACGGUUGGUAGUUCUUUUUGGGGUUGGAAAACAACGGGACGAUGCUCGGCAUACCAUCAAGAAAAUAACCAAAGACAUUCUAAAAGUCUUAAACAGAAAGAGCACUGCAGAGACGGGUGGAGAAGAAGGCCAGAAGAGGAAAAAGAGCAAGCCAGAAGCAUUCCCAACAGCUGAAGAUAUCUUUGCAAAGUUCCAGCACCUUUCUCACUUUGAUCAGCACCAAGUCACAUCUCAGGUAUCUCGCAAUGUCUUGGAACAGAUCACCAGCUUUGCCUUGGGAAUGUCCUACCACCUGCCUCUGGUACAGCACGUGCAGUUCAUAUUUGACUUGAUGGAGUAUUCACUCAAUAUCAGUGGUCUUAUCGACUUUGCCAUCCAGUUGCUGAAUGAACUGAGCGUGGUGGAGGCAGAACUGCUGUUGAAAUCCUCCGACCUUGUUGGCAGCUACACCACCAGCUUGUGCCUGUGCAUCGUGGCUGUGCUGCGACACUACCACUCCUGCCUUAUACUGAACCAGGACCAGAUGGCUCAAGUCUUUGAAGGCCUGUGUGGGGUGGUGAAACACGGCAUGAACCGCUCAGAUGGCUCCUCAGCAGAGCGCUGUAUCCUGGCCUAUCUCUACGACCUCUAUACCUCCUGCAGUCACCUCAAAAGUAAAUUUGGGGAGCUUUUUAGUGACUUCUGCUCCAAGGUGAAGAAUACAAUCUACUGCAAUGUUGAGCCAUCUGACUCCAACAUGCUAUGGGAACCAGAGUUCAUGAUUGACACCAUUGAGAAUCCAUCUGCACAUAACUUUACCUACACCAACCUGGGCAAGAGCCUCAAUGAGAAUCCAGCCAACCGCUACAGUUUCGUCUGUAAUGCACUUAUGCACGUGUGUGUGGGACACCACGAUCCAGACAGGGUGAACGACAUCGCUAUCCUGUGUGCUGAGCUAACGGGCUACUGCAAGUCUCUGAGCGCCGAGUGGCUGGGGGUGCUCAAAGCUUUGUGCUGUUCCUCCAAUAACGGGACCUGUGGCUUCAAUGAUCUCCUCUGCAAUGUUGAUGUCAGUGACUUAUCUUUCCAUGAUUCCCUGGCCACCUUUGUUGCCAUCCUCAUUGCCCGGCAGUGCUUGCUGCUUGAGGACCUGAUUCGCUGUGCUGCUAUUCCCUCACUCCUCAAUGCUGCCUGCAGUGAACAGGACUCAGAACCAGGAGCACGUCUGACCUGCCGGAUUUUACUCCAUCUGUUUAAGACUCCGCAGCUGAACCCAUGCCAGCAGGAUGGCAACAAACCCACGGUGGGGAUCCGCUCUUCCUGUGACCGUCACUUACUGGCAGCGUCCCAGAACCGCAUCGUGGACGGAGCGGUCUUUGCAGUGCUGAAGGCUGUCUUCGUUCUGGGAGAUGCAGAACUGAAAGGCUCUGGCUUUUCCCACCCUGGAGGUGUGGAUGACCUGAUGGAUGAUGAGCUGGGCACCAGGAAGGCUGGUGGUCGGGUGGUAACUGUAGAGACAGCCAGCUUGGAUAUUUAUGCCAAGUAUGUGCUGAGGAGUAUAUGUCAACAGGAGUGGGUAGGUGAGCGAUGUCUGAAGUCCCUCUGUGAAGACAGCAACGACUUGCAGGAUCCUGUCCUGAGCAGCACGCAGGCCCAGAGGCUGAUGCAGCUGAUCUGUUACCCACACCGGCUGCUGGACAAUGAGGAAGGAGAAAAUCCUCAGCGGCAGAGGAUUAAACGCAUCUUACAGAAUCUGGACCAGUGGACCAUGAGGCAAUCCUCGCUGGAGCUGCAGCUCAUGAUUAAGCAGACAGCCAGCAAUGAGAUGAAUUCCUUGUUAGAAAAUAUAGCCAAGGCCACUAUUGAGGUGUUCCAGCAGUCAGCAGAGACCAGCUCUGCUAGCUCUGCUGGCAAUGGAGUCAACAAUAUCAGUAGCUCAGCAAGUGCUGCACCUGCCAGCAACAAAUCCAAACCCAUCCUCAGCUCCCUGGAGAGAUCAGGAGUGUGGCUGGUGGCCCCUCUGAUUGCCAAGCUUCCAACAUCAGUGCAGGGCCAUGUGCUGAAAGCUGCUGGAGAAGAACUGGAGAAAGGGCAACAUCUGGGGUCAUCGUCCCGCAAAGAGCGGGACCGCCAGAAGCAGAAGAGCAUGUCCCUCCUGAGCCAGCAGCCAUUUCUGUCGCUGGUGCUAACAUGCUUGAAAGGACAGGAUGAGCAGCGGGAAGGCCUCCUCACCUCUCUGUACAGUCAGGUCCAACAGAUUGUUACGAAUUGGCGGGAAGAUCAGUACCAGGAUGACUGCAAAGCCAAGCAGCUGAUGCAUGAGGCCCUGAAACUACGGCUGAAUUUGGUGGGGGGAAUGUUUGACACAGUUCAACGCAGUACACAGCAGACAACUGAGUGGGCUGUCCUUCUCCUGGACAUCAUCAGCAGUGGCACCGUGGACAUGCAGUCAAACAAUGAGCUCUUCACCACCGUGUUGGACAUGCUGAGCGUUCUCAUCAACGGCACCCUGGCUGCUGAUAUGUCCAGCAUUUCUCAGGGCAGCAUGGAGGAGAACAAGCGGGCCUACAUGAAUCUUGUCAAGAAACUCAGGAAAGAGCUGGGGGACCGGCAAUCUGACAGCCUGGAGAAGGUGCGACAGCUACUGCCACUUCCCAAGCAGACCCGAGAUGUCAUCACCUGUGAACCUCAGGGAUCCCUUAUUGACACCAAAGGCAAUAAAAUAGCUGGAUUUGACUCCAUCUUCAAGAAGGAGGGUUUGCAAGUCUCUACAAAGCAGAAGAUUUCCCCUUGGGAUCUGUUUGAGGGCUUAAAGCACUCGGCCCCGCUCUCCUGGGGGUGGUUUGGGACGGUCCGGGUGGAUCGCAAGGUGUCUAGGUUUGAGGAGCAGCAGAGGCUUCUUCUGUACCACACGCACUUGAAACCCAAGCCCCGCAGUUACUACCUGGAGCCGUUGCCUCUGCCCCCUGAAGAGGAAGAGCCUCCUACGCCUGUGGCUUUAGAGCCAGAGAAGAAAGCUGCAGAGCCAGCGAAGGCUGAUAAAACAAGCUCCAAUCCUGCCACUUCUACUGAAGAACGCAAGAAGAAACAGAGCAAAACCAAGAAACGCAACCAAUCUGCCAGCAAAACUGAGGAUUUCGUGUUGGGCCCUAGCCGAGGGGUUUCCUAUGGGGUUGGUAUGCCUACAGAUCUCUUGCAUCACCAGUCAGGAAGCACUAUGUCGAGGUUGGCAUACGGGCAAUCACCAGUGGGUCUCUAUGCCCAGAAUCAGCCUCUUCCAGCAGGUGGCCCUCGCCUGGACACAUCCUACAGACCCGUGCGCAUGCCGUUGGGGAAACUUGUUCAGAGCCGUCCUCCCUACAGCGGUGUGCUGCCCCCAGGGAUGGGCAGCAUGAUGGGCAUCGACCCCUCCUACAAGCCAGCAGUGUACAGACAGCAGCCCCCGGUGUCCCAGGGACAGAUCCUGAGGCAGCAGCUCCAAGCAAAGUUGCAGGGCCAAGGCAUAAUGGGACAGCAGCCAGUGCGCCAGAUGGCUCCAACCCCGUCCUACGGAGCACUGCAGCCCUCACAGGGUUACACACCUUACGUCUCCCACAUAGGCCUUCAGCAGCACCCCUCCCAGUCAGGCACGAUGGUACCUCCUACCUAUUCUGGCCAGCCCUACCAGAAUUCCCACCCCAGCUCUAAUCCUGCCCUGGUGGAUCCUGUUAGACAGAUGCAGCAGAGACCAAGCGGCUACGUACACCAGCAGGCCCCUGGCUACGGGCACACUUUGGGCAACACACAGAGAUUUCCUCACCAGUCAAUACAGCAGACCCCCAUGAUGAGUGGGAUGAACCAUUUGGGUCCACAAGGAGUUCCCUCAGGAAUUCGACCCAGCCAGAUAUUGCCUGACCAGCAGCAGCAGCAGUACCUGAGGCAGCAGCAGCAACAGCAGCAGCAGAUGCUGAGGCAGCAGCAACAACAACAACAACAGCAGCAACAGCAGCAGCAACAACAGCAACAGCAGCAGCAGCAGCCCCAGCCGCCGCAGCCCCAGCCGCAGCAGCAGCCCCAGGUCUCCACAGUGCCUCAGCCACAGGCGCAGGGCCAGCCCCCGGGGCUGGGGAUGCAGGCUCUCCCCCCCCAGCAGCCCAUCUUCCAGCGUCAGGGCCUUCAGCAGACACAGCAGCAGCAGCAAACAGCUGCUCUGGUUCGACAGCUUCAACAGCAGCUUUCCAAUACCCAGACCCAGCAGAACAACAACCCCUUCGGACGCUACUGAUCUGUGGUGCCUCAGCCCCAGCCAGGAGGGAGAGAGACAUCACUGUGGACCAGACGUGGCCUCUUCAACCCUGGCCACACACCGGGGCUGCCCCCGCCCGCUGUCCUUGGGCCCCAGCUCCCGGCGCCGCCGCUGCCCGUCCCGCAGGGAGAUGCCAGGAGGAUGCUUUUAUUGUACAGAGAAGUGUUUUUACUACCCCGUUUCUACAAACGUUUAUGGAGAUCCCUUGUGGCUGACAGUCUCCCUUCCCACUUUGGUUUCAGUUUUUACUCGGUUUUUAGUAUUUUUGUUAAAAUAAUGAUUAAGACAUUGUAAAAUUUUGUACUUUAUUUAUACCAGAUGAACCCCGUACUGCAGACAUUCUUGGAUGAAUACAGAGAGCUUACUUUGCAAAA